GAGAACACAUCGAUUACUGUGGAUACUCAGUUCUUCCCAUGGCUGUGGAACAAGACAUGCUAAUAGCUGUGGAACCUGUGAAAACACAUACUCUCCAGCUGGCCAAUACAAACCCCUUAUAUCCAGAUUUCAGUACUAGUGCUAAUAACAUCUAUAUUGACAAGACCAAACCUCUAUGGCACAACUACUUCCUAUGUGGAUUUAAAGGAAUCCAGGAACACUUUGGUCUUAGUAAGCUGACUGGAAUGAAUUGCCUGGUAGAUGGAAAUAUCCCCCCAGGUUCGGGCCUCUCCAGCUCCAGUGCUCUGGUCUGCUGUGCUGGGCUAGUGACUCUCACAGUGUUGGGAAUGAGUCUAUCCAAGGUGGAACUUGCAGAAAUCUGUGCCAAGAGUGAGCGUUACAUAGGCACUGAAGGAGGAGGCAUGGACCAGUCCAUAUCAUUUCUUGCAGAAGAAGGAACUGCCAAGUUAAUAGAGUUUAGUCCUCUGAGAGCAACUGAUGUAAAACUCCCUAGUGGAGCAGUCUUUGUGAUUGCCAACAGCUGCGUGGAGAUGAACAAGGCAGCCACUUCCCAUUUCAACGUCAGAGUGAUGGAGUGUCGGCUGGCUGCAAAGGUCCUUGCUAAACACAAAGGGUUGCAAUGGGAUAAAGUCCUACGGCUAGAAGAAGUGCAAACCAAACUAGGAGUAAGUCUGGAAGAAAUGCUGUUGGUUACAGAGGAUGCACUUCAUGCUGAACCCUAUAGCAGGGAGGAGAUCUGCAGGUGCCUGGGAAUUAGCCUGGAGGAACUCCGCACCCAAAUCCUGAGUCCAAAUACUCAAGACGAGCUCACCUUCAAGCUCUACCAGCGGGCAAAGCAUGUGUACAGUGAGGCUGCGCGUGUGCUGCAAUUUAAGCAGGUGUGCGAAGAAGCACCCGACAAUGCGGUCCAGCUGCUGGGAGAGCUGAUGAACCAGAGCCACAGAAGCUGCCGGGACAUGUAUGAGUGCAGCUGCCCUGAGCUGGACCAGCUGGUGGACAUCUGCCGGAAGUUUGGGGCCAAAGGUUCACGACUCACUGGAGCAGGCUGGGGAGGCUGCACAGUGUCUAUAGUGCCCACUGAUGUGCUGUCCAGCUUCCUCACAAACGUGCAUGAAGCUUAUUACCAGAGGAACAGUUCCAGCUUGGCUCUGGAGAAGCACAGCUUGUUUGCUACCAAACCUGGAGGUGGGGCCUUGGUUUUCCUUGAGGCCUAAACAAACAAUGUAAAACAUCUCGGAGAAACUAUUUGGGGCAUUUAGGAGCUGGCGAGACGUCUGGGCUGCAGUAAAUCAGUCCCUUUUCUGUUUUGUUAUGAGGAGCGAUUGCUAUUAUCAAGAUGCAUUUUCUAACAGUGAAAGCUAUGCUUCAUAAUGACUGCUUUUCUCUCUUAAAUGUGUUUUUAUGAAUCACAGCCAAGGAUAUGCUUAGGUAGAACUCUAAAGUACGACUGAGAUUUAUUGAUUUGAAGAUUUUAAAGAUGAAUAGCAAAAUGUACUUUCAAUUGAACACUGCUACAAUUAAACUGAUGCAGCUGAA